AAUCCACUGCAGUCGUGUGGUAACACUGGAGAGGUAAGGUGGGGAUAAGAGGGAAUGUAUUGUUUACUUCAAGUGGAAAGGUUAUAUAGCAGUAAUCUGUGCGCACGAUGCCGGUUCUGUUUAUAGACAAGUAGUGUUGAUUCGUUAAGGGAUCAAUGUCGUUAUAUUGUUCUUUUUAUUCAUUAUGGACCUCAUUUUAAGGAUAUCAUAAUUUUUUUUCGAUUUUAAAGAUUGCCAUCGAUAAGUGUUUAAAAUUUCGAGGUUAUACGUAGUUGUAUAUUUCGAUUAUCAAAAUGAUUGUUCCCGUGGAUGGACUUGAUGUUUACUUCCCUUAUGAAUAUAUAUAUCCCGAACAGUUUUCUUAUAUGACAGAACUUAAAAAAGGCUUAGAUGCUAAAGGCCAUUGUUUGCUGGAGAUGCCUUCAGGCACUGGUAAGACGACUACAUUGCUGUCUCUUGUUGUUGCAUACAUGGUUGAAUAUCCUUAUGUAGUAAACAAACUUGUUUAUUGUUCAAGAACUAUCCCAGAGAUUGAAAAGGUGGUGGAAGAACUGAGAAAACUUAUAGCUUAUUACAAAUCCAAUGGCAAGCCUCUAAACUUGAUUGGUUUAGUAUUGAGUUCCCGGAAAAAUUUAUGUGUUCAUCCCCAAGUUAGUAAAGAAAGGGAUGGUAAAGUAGUUGAUGGAAGAUGCCACAGUCUUACAGCAUCUUAUGUCAGAGAAAGACAUAAGACUGAUUCUAAUGUUCCUGUUUGUAAUUUUUUUGAAAAUUAUGAUGAAAGAGGAAGAGAGCUCGGCCUUCCGCCUGGGGUAUACAGUUUGGACGAUUUGAAAGAUUUCGGGAUGCAGAAUAAAAUGUGUCCCUAUUUCCUAGCUCGUCGUGGUGUAUCAUAUGCAAAUGUAGUUAUAUAUUCUUAUCAUUACUUGUUAGAUCCUAAGAUUGCUGAGCUAGUUUCAAAAGAAAUGGCCAGGACAUCAGUUGUAAUUUUUGAUGAGGCACAUAACAUAGAUAAUGUAUGUAUUGAGUCAAUGAGUGUCAAAAUUAAUCGUAAAAUUUUGGAGAAGACUUCAGCCAAUAUACAAGUACUAGAAAGUACGGUUGGUAAGAUGAAAGAUGCAAAUCAGUCUAGAUUAAAAGAAGAAUAUCGUAGAUUAGUUCAAGGUUUAAGAGAUGCUCAAAUGGCUAGGGAGACAGAUGUUAUAUUGGCAAACCCAGUGCUUCCUGAUCAGAUCUUAAAAGAAGUUGUUCCCGGAAAUAUUAGAACAGCAGAACAUUUCGUUAGCUUUCUAAGGAGGUUUCUUGAAUAUCUGAAAACCCGUUUGCGUGUUCAACAUGUAGUUCAUGAAUCACCUGCUGCAUUUCUGAAAGAUAUUGCUAGUAAGGUGUGUAUUGAAAGAAAACCUCUUAGAUUUUGUGCCGAAAGACUUGCCUCUCUCUUGCGUACAUUAGAGAUCUCUGAUCAGACUGAUUUUUCACCUUUAACAGUUGUAACACAUCUUGCUACUCUAGUUUCUUCUUACACAAAAGGAUUUACCAUCAUUAUAGAACCAUUCGAAGAUAAAGCACCAACUGUGUCAAAUCCAAUAUUGCAUUUUAGCUGCAUGGAUGCAUCAAUUGCUAUCAAACCAGUUUUUGAUCGUUUUCAGUCAGUAGUUAUUACUUCAGGGACACUUUCUCCAUUGGACAUGUAUCCAAAAAUAUUAGAUUUUCAUCCUGUAGUUCUAGCUUCUUUUACUAUGACCCUUGCUCGCCCAUGUUUAAUGCCAAUGAUUGUAUCUAAAGGAAGUGACCAAGUCGCUAUGACAUCUCGUUUCGAAUCCAGGGAAGAUAUUGCCGUCGUUCGGAAUUAUGGCCAGUUACUAGUUGAAAUUUGUACUGUGGUACCGGAUGGUGUUGUUUGCUUUUUUACUUCUUAUCUGUACCUGGAAUCAGUUGUAGCUUCAUGGUAUGACCAAGGUGUUAUUGAUAGCAUACAAAGAAAAAAACUACUUUUUAUUGAAACGCAAGAUGCAGCAGAAACAAGUUUAGCCCUUAUCAAUUAUAUUAAAGCAUGCGAAAGUGGAAGAGGCGGAGUAUUAUUAUCAGUUGCUCGAGGAAAAGUUUCGGAAGGUGUUGACUUUGAUCAUCAUUUAGGAAGAGCUGUUUUAAUGUUCGGAAUUCCUUAUGUUUACACACAAUCCAGAAUAUUGAGGGCACGUCUCGAUUAUUUAAGAGAAACAUUUCAAAUUAGGGAAAAUGACUUCUUGACUUUUGAUGCUAUGAGACAUGCUGCACAGUGUGUAGGACGAGCUAUUCGUGGAAAGAUGGACUAUGGUAUAAUGAUUUUUGCCGACAAACGUUUCGGUAGAAUAGAUAAAAAGAGUAAACUUCCCAAAUGGAUCCAAGAGCAUUUAAGCGACCAUUUAUGCAAUCUGUCAACUGAAGAAGCAGUUCAAAUAGCUAAGAAGUGGUUAAGACAGAUGGCGCAGCCGUUCCACAGGGAGGACCAGUUAGGUACAGCUUUACUUACUUUGGAACAGUUAUUAACUAAGAAAGAUAUACACGAAAAAGCUCAAGCUAGAUAAAUGCUAUUACUGUCAUAGCUCUCGCUUGAGUUUUAAAGAAAGGCAUUUGCUCAAGUUUUGACUUGUAUAUUAUUGUGUAUACGAUGCUUUAAAUAUUUGUAAUGAUGAUAUUAUUUUUCUGCGUAAGUUUUUUUAUAUGUGUUUUUAAACACCUUACGAUGAUCUUGAAAGUGUUUCAACACUGACAUUAUUUCAUCGUUCUGUAACUUUAAUUGGCUUAGCAAAAUGAGUUCAGAGGUGUUGUACAUUUCUUGUAUAUGUCUGUAUAAUUUUUUUAUAAACC